AUGGGAGGGCAUGGCGCAUUGAAUAUCCUGCCGGAUAAAAAGUGGAAUGUGUAUAAUCUGGACAACCGGUUGAAGGUGGACAAGUUGCUAGCGGAGCAUCGCGCGGCUGCGGUGGCGGAGCAUCGGUCCCGGUUGCGCGGCGUGGUUGGUGCGCGGCUGAAGAUUCUGCGAGAUGAAAAGGCUCGAGGUUCUGGGAGAGGACCGUGCACGGCGUGA